AUGCCCUUGGCUGGCUGUGUCGGACAGCUCGGACGCCCGCUGUCGUCUUGGAGCGGGGGACCCUGCCUUUUUUUUUUCCCCUUCUUUCCUCUACCCCUCCGUACGAAUACUUCUUCGUCCCCCAGGCUCCAUCUUCACCCGGCCCUCGGGGUGACCCCUGACCAUACUGUGUAG